AUGGCUCUACGAACCGUUCUCAUAACUGGCGCCAAUUCUGGAGUAGGCUACGCAACAGCCACACUCCUCUCCUCCUUCCCAACCUACCACGUUAUCAUGACCGGACGCUCCCUUCCCAAAUUGCAAGCAGCCAAACAAGUAAUCGAAGCAACCGGAACCGUACAAAGCCAACUCUCCAUCCUCCAUCUCGACGUCACAGACCUUUCAACGAUCACCGCCGCCGCAAAACAAGUCGAAGAACAGCAUGGCCACCUCGAUGUCCUGAUUAAUAACGCGGCCACAGGCAUUCGAAUCCCGGAUAUGCAGACACGUCUUACGGAAGCGUACAAGACAAACGUAAUUGGUCCCGCACUGGUAAGCGAGGCGUUUCGUCCGUUGCUGCUGAAGAGUGCAAAUCCGUACUCGCUUUACAUAUCUAGUGGCGUCGGAUCGAUUAAUCUGGCGAUGAAGAAGAGUGCGUAUAAGAUGCAGUAUGAGGAUGCGUAUCGGAGUAGCAAGGCGGCGUUGAACAUGCUUGCCACGCUCGAGUAUACGGAUUUCAAGGAGCAGGGACUGAAGGUUUUUGUGGUUUCUCCUGGGUUUGUGGUUAGUAAUCUUAGGGGGACGAGCGAGGAGGAGAGGAGUGGAUGGGGGCAGGCGGGGGAUCCGAUGGGGAGUGCGGAGUUGAUUAGGGGGGUUGUUGAGGGGGAGAGGGAGGAGGAUGUUGGGAGAUUUGUGUGGAAGGAGGGGGUUUAUGAGUGGUGA